CCAAACUUGGAGCUGCCGUUGUUUUGACAUAUAGGAAGGAUAUAUCUGGUGAGGGGCUGCGAGAUUAUCCCAUGUCAGCAUGGACGUUCAUCACCCGCACUUGAUCAGUGACUGCCUCAUUCAUAUUUUCACAUUCCUGACCGAGGAAGAUUUAAUCAGUGCCUGCAGUGUGAGUAAGGAUUGGCGUGAAGCUGCGGAGACUCCUUGGUUAUGGAGGAGGAUGUGUCUGCAGCGCUGGAGUUUCUGUAACUUUGCUGUCUUGGGGAGUGAACAUGUGAAUCACUCAUGGAAGAGAUACUUCCUACGACGUUGCCACUUAGAGAUGAAGAUGACCAAAGGCCAAUCAGGAGGUUACACCUGUAAAAGCCUCAGAGGACACACAGGCAGGGUGGUGGGGCUUGUGUACCUGCAGGGGAAUUCAGCUGAGCUUCCUCACCUCUGGAACAGCAGUGCCACAGUCUGCAGUGCCUCUGCUGAUGGUACAGUCCGAGCAUGGAAUAUCCAAAACGGUGAACUCCUGUGGUGCAGUCCCGUGCAGAGUCCUUUAACAGGGAUUGUAAGUGAUGAACAGCGUGAAGUUGUGAUCACAGCAGACUCCACAGGCCUCAUCAAAACCUGGCAGGGUCAGACUGGCCAGGAGGUGGCCUCCUUUUCUACUGGAUCUCCACACUCUACAUUACUGCAGUACAAUGUCGACAAUAAUUGGUUUCUGACUAUUGGAACCAGUCAGGGAUCUGUGUGUACACUCGCUGAUUCAGCUUUGACUAAAAAGUCCAGUAUAAUGGUGUGCGACAGCUUUAGUGUUAACAUACUCCUAGUUUCACCUGACAAGAAAUGGAUUAUGGCUGGAACCAAGGACAAUGAUGACUUAAGUCCAAAGGUGAUUUACACUGAGAGUUUGACCUCUCCCGCUGAGGACGAAGAUCCUCUGUGCCAGUCUGUGCCAGUCAUUGGGUGCCAGGCUGCCGUCUUCAUACCCACCCAGCCUGCCAGACUGGCCAUCAUCCACCACAAUGAGCACCCAAACAACAAAGUCCUCUCUGUCUUCGAUGUCAGCAUUAAAAAGACUAAGUACAAGUUGGAGAUCCAGGUCCAGCAGGUGGAGUCCUUCGUUUUGAAACUGCACACCAGGUUCUCACACAUCCAUCUCCAGGCCAAAGACAGCAACUGCUUAGUGUUGGCAUCUGACCAGACGCUAUGGGUCUACUCUCUGAAAGGGGCCCUGCUUGCCAGCUUUGAACAACAUACUAUGCCCAUUUCUUCUAUAUGUGUGGAUAGCUUUCGCGUGGUGACAGCAUCUCGGGACCUCUCCUUACGAGUGUUCACAUGGAGAAAUGACAGAGACCACGGCUUGACCCUAGUUAGUCGAUACCACUUACUGGGAGGCUCUCACACAAUGUCCAGAGGGUUCACUCACGUCGCUUGUGACUACUCCAGCAUUGUUGCCUCAACAGAAGGGAACGAUGGGAAAGACGUCUUAAAAGCGUAUUCUUUCACUUCCUGAGCAUCACUGCUCCACUAAAAGGUGCACAACCCACUGGAAGGAGGAAUGUUUGCUUUUAUUAUGAACUGUUAAACAUAUGCGCUUAAAUUAGGAUGUUCUUUUGUAAGUCUAUGUUUACAGAAAGUAAAACGUAACACUUAAUACAGAUGAGAAAUGCUAUGUUAUAGGAAAGGAAUUGGAACAACACACUGCUAACAAAAAAUAAGUAUGUACAAGUAUAAAGAUGUUCUGUAACGAUGCUUUUGGAGGCAUGUCAGUGUUGUAUGUGACCAGUGUUAAGGCAUAAUGUAUUGCAAAAUAUAUUUUGGUCACCUGUUCUUCAAUAAAUUACCUCCCCUCACUACUGAGGUAAGAAAAUACUGAGGUGUGUUAGUUAUGCAUUAGUGAAUAUAAUCUACAUACCAUAAAUGUUUAUAUUAA